AUGGGGACAUCCAAAAGUAAGCCCAAAGAUACGGGUCCACGCACCGUCAGCCUCGAUGCCAACCUCAGUUCUGGAGGCUCCGGUGGUCUACACCACAACUCUGCUCAACAGUCCUUAACUCCAAGUCGUAGCGCCACUGUGGAGGGAGGCCUUAGUGGCAACCAUUCUGUGAGUAAUAAGGCCGAACUGGCCCUGUUUGGCGGUGUGGACAGUGGUAGCCUCAACUCCUCUUCGAGUAGAAUCACACUAGCAGGAGGUGUAACAACCUUUGUGGCAUUGUAUGACUACGAGUCUCGAACAGCUUCUGAUCUGUCAUUCAGAAAGGGGGAACGCCUGCAGAUAGUCAACAACACAGAGGGUGAUUGGUGGCUAGCACGCUCCCUGACCACCGGUGAGAGCGGAUAUAUUCCCAGCAAUUACGUGGCUCCAUCGGACUCUAUCCAAGCAGAAGAGUGGUACUUUGGCAAGAUCACUCGCCGUGACUCAGAGAGGCUCCUGCUAAGUUUGGAGAACAGAAGAGGAACAUUCCUGGUGAGAGAAAGUGAGACCACUAAAGGUGCUUAUUGUUUGUCUGUGCUGGACUACGAUAACACCAAGGGGCUGAAUGUGAAACACUACAAGAUCAGAAAGUUGGACAGCGGUGGCUUUUACAUUACUUCCCGCACGCAGUUUAGCACUCUGCAGCAACUUGUCAAUCACUACCGCAAACACGCAGACGGACUAUGCCACAGUCUGACCGACAUCUGUCCAGUGCUGAAGCCUCAGACUCAGGGCUUAGCCAAGGAUGCGUGGGAAAUUCCCAGAGAGUCACUUCGUCUAGACCUCAAGCUCGGACAGGGCUGCUUUGGAGAGGUUUGGAUGGGAACAUGGAACGGUACAACCCGUGUGGCAAUCAAAACGCUGAAACCUGGGACCAUGUCUCCAGAAGCAUUCCUGCAGGAGGCCCAGGUCAUGAAGAAGCUAAGGCACGAGAAGCUGGUUCAGCUUUACGCCGUGGUGUCAGAGGAGCCCAUCUACAUUGUCACUGAGUACAUGGGAAAAGGUAGUUUACUGGAUUUCCUAAAAGGUGAAAUGGGCAAGAUGCUCCGACUCCCUCAGCUGGUGGACAUGGCAUCACAGAUUGCCUCUGGGAUGGCAUAUGUGGAGAGGAUGAACUAUGUGCACAGAGACCUGAGAGCCGCCAACAUCCUGGUGGGAGAUAACCUGGUGUGUAAAGUGGCUGAUUUUGGCUUGGCUCGCCUCAUCGAGGAUAACGAAUACACAGCGAGACAAGGAGCCAAAUUUCCCAUUAAAUGGACAGCUCCGGAGGCGGCUCACUAUGGACGCUUCACCAUUAAAUCUGAUGUCUGGUCAUUCGGGAUCCUGUUGACUGAACUGGCCACCAAAGGAAGAGUGCCAUAUCCAGGUAUGGUAAAUCGCGAGGUUCUGGACCAGGUGGAGCGCGGUUACAGGAUGCCGUGCCCUGCAGAGUGCCCUGAAUCUCUGCACGACUUGAUGCUGACAUGUUGGAAGAAAGAUCCAGAGGAAAGGCCCACCUUCGAGUACCUGCAGAGCUUCCUGGAGGAUUACUUUACUUCCACUGAGCCUCAGUACCAGCCCGGCGAGAACUUGUGA